AUGUGCUAUGCCUACGGUUCUCCUGAUCAUGCCACUGGAGUGUGCCCGAUGUGCAAGUGGCGCAAGCCAAUUGGAACCAGAUGUCCCCACGUCAGAGAAGUCUGCCAUAAUCGCGCGCUGCAUCCUAGACACGAUGUGGUGUAUCUGAAGAAUGCCGAGGUGCAAACCUUUAAUGGCUGUGGGUUUUGCAAGUGGGCCAAUACCAACCCGCCACCCAAGCUAUCCGGAUAUCAGAAUCCGGGUUGGCCCGGUUGUUGUCGACCUCCUUCGGCCAGCGAACAGAAGUGCAUUGGUGCAGCAGAUUGGCCCGCUGUGAGUGUCGUGCACCACGUCCCGAUCCCGCCGCCCAUAAAGGCCGCCUUGGAUUCCGCAAAGGCUGCUCUGGAUUCUGCAAAGGCGGAUUCCGCACAGGCCCCAACCGCCACUAAGGGCAAUUCUUCUCCUUCCAGUCCGACGGGAAAUUCCAGAAAUUCGAGCACUCAAUCCCUGGCACCGUUAAUAGUGCGCAGGCAGAGCUACAAUCCGACGCGGACGGAUUCAAUGGCGCCCAGAUCUCCUCCAAUAACAAUCCCCGUUCGUGCCCGUUCAGGUGGCAGUCCGCAGCAGCCGUCGAUGUCUCUGACCGGGAACGCCUCCCGAAACCCUGAUGGAGAUAGUUUCACGUCAUCUCUUCCUAACAAGUCCGUUACGGACCAGCAUCAGGCUCAACGUCGCUCCGCGGCUGACAUUUUUGGCGACAAACGCUCAGACGCAUCCGGUGGUUCGCAGAAUUCUCCUGUUCGUAGAAAUGCAGAAUUGGGAGGAUCGGUCUCUCGUCGGAGCAUCGAGCGGCGACCUUCCAUAACUGCCGCUCUUCCAUCCAUGUCCGUCAGCAAAGUAACUGUUGAUGUACCACCUCCGCGUCGCCGCGGAUCAGUAGCGAACCCGAGCCCCCAACCGUCCGUUCCACGUGCUGAACGCACUUCCAACUUGGCAUCUCUACCUAGGCGUAACAGCGUUGUAGCUGAGCCGUUGGCAACCAUGAGCGUGUCCGGGUCGUCAAGCAGUAGCGGAAGCAAUUCCGAGACCACCGUCAUCUCUGACGGAGGUUUCACAGACUACCUUUCGGAUGAGUCGGAGGCGGAGUUGCAGAGGCAAGCAGAGGCGAAGGCUGCUAUCCUUGCACAGAAUCAGUUGGAGGAGCAGGAAUUCAAGGCGGCCAGGCAGCAGCUGGCAUCGGUGGAUUUACAUCCCCCGAAGUCGUGGAUUGGAAAUGUCAACAGCACCCCUCGCUCUCAGGCUUCAGCCCCUCCAUCGGCAGCGUUCCCCGCAUCAUAUGGGAGUUCACCGUACGGGACGGCACAUUCGAGCGUGGCAUCGUCCACGCAUUCCAGGGGCUAA